AUGGCUCAAGGCUGCGAGGACCAGCAGGCCUGGGGGCAACAGAACCGGGACCGGGACUUCCUACCUUUGAAAACUCCCCUGAAGCCUGGCUCCUCAGAUGCUGGCCCUCCUGCCGAGGGCUAUUCAUGGGAGGACCAGACUCUGCCCAGCUCCCUUGGGAGCAAGGUGGACCUGGAGUGGGGCACUGGCUCCCUGCGGGCUGUGCAAGCUGUGGGCACCUCCCCGUGGGCAGGCACUGAGGAGGCCCUGCAUGUAGACCCUGCGGGCCCGAGGGCUCAAAGGGAGUUUGUGGCGAGUCGGGUGGAGGGCCGGCUCGCUCAGAAGGUGCCGCUGGACCUCACGUAUCUGUGCUCUAAGGCAGCUCCAGAUCUUCUCUUUAGCCUUCUAGACGUGAUGCUCUGGGCACGAGCACCCGUGACGCUUUCCCCCCAGCUGACAGGGCAGGAGAGUGGGGACAGUGUGGCCAGCUCUGUGGCGGGAGACUGGGUCCCAGGCCUGGCGCUGCCACUGGGAGCCAGCUGUGUGGGCCUCAGUCUCCUCUGCAGAGUUCUGGCUCCGGUGGCCCUGUACUGUGGGAGCAUCCCUUGGACCAGUGCUGGGCCCCGUACACUCCCGGGGGAAAGCAGUGACUCCAGCCCAAAGACUUUUGGAAAAGCCUCCCGCCAGCCAGUGCUGAGCGUCCUGCUAGAGAAGCCGUCGCAGCUCUUGAGUGGACGUGGGGACCCUGGCAGCCUCAAGCUGGAUGCUUCCCUGAAGGGCUGGCAGGCCAGGAAUGGCCAUCCCAGGAAGCUCGGGGCCCUGUCACUGGGCCUCCAGCCCCUGGUGCCACUUCCUUCGCUGGAGUCGGAGGCCAACUGGGUGGCCCGGGACACCACUCAGAUUAAGGACAAGCUCAAGACAAGGAGACUCUUGGAGGGCUUGGCAGCAUCUCCCCGAGCCUCUCUGGAUCCUGGGGGAGCCCCCAAAGGAGUUCCCCUGAGGACCGCCAUCCCCUGGGCUGCCUCUCAGAGGCUGCUGAGGGUGCCCAGGCCGGUGCCUCCCAUCCAGAGCAUCCCCACAACGCUGGAGGCCAGCGGAACCAAGGACAAAGGCCUGGACCCACCCAGGAGCCAUCAGGGACCCCAGGAACUGAAAGCCGGUGCCCAGGAGUUAAGGCGGUUGGCGCAGGCCUCCCAGCAGUACCUGCACUGCAGUGACGAGAAGAUGCACAAGUCCCUGGCGGGCAUUGUGAUCCCGCCCAUCCCAAAGGACAGGGUGCCCGCCGGGACCUCCUCCUGCACGCCCGGCUCCCUUCCCAGCCUCUUGCCUCCAGGCCAGGACAACCUCACGGGCCUGAGGCCUGCCACCACAGGAUUGGUUCGGGAGAGUGGGCCUCGGGAGAAGACCCCCAGAUCUCUGGAGCCAAAACCUUUGGUCCUGCCCAUCAGAGACAGGUCUGCUGCCCCUGAGAAGCCUGCCCUGCUUUCAUCUCAGUCUGCUCCUACUCUGACAGCCUUCUCCUUCAGCCACGCCAAAGAAACCCAACCCUUGCUAAAAGAAGAGGACCGGAAGGAGAGUGGCACCAAGAUGCAGGUCACCAUUGCCGGGUCUGCCCAGGAGAAGAUGCGGCUGAAGCAGAUGAAGGAGAUGGAGCUGGUCCGGAGAGUGAAGGAGCCGGAGAGGGAGAGGGGGAGGGAGCUCGCUUCCCAGAGGCUGGGCUCCCGGAGGACCUUGAUGAAGGAAGGCCUCCUUACCCUCCGGGGCAGUGGGACCCUCUCUGUGCCCACUGGGCUGAGCAGCCCCUGCAGAAACCACAUCGGCGUCAUCCUGAAGAAGUGGGCCAACGGGGCCUCGCUGCCCAGCAUCCUUGUCAGCAAGCAGGAGCUCAGCUUUGCCCGCCAUGCUUCAGCUCACUCCGUACCUGCGGUGCUGACUUUGGGGUCUCCUGAGUGGGAAGAAGAGGAGGAGACGGACCUUCGGGCUUUUAAGGAGCUAAGGCCUUUCUCGAACGCGGAGCUGGGGCUGGUGGAUGCCCUGCAGUGCCUGGACCGCGGCGACCGGCAGAUGAAGGGGAAGGGCCUGGUGAGCAUCCAGCGCCUGGCGGCCUGUCACUCGGAGGUCCUCGCUGGGAGGCUGCAUGACGUGUCCUUGGCUGUGGCUAGAGAGGUCACCAACCUCCGCCCCAAGGUGUCCCGCCUGGCCAUCAGCACCCUGGGAGAACUCUUCCGUGCCUUGAAGGAGAAUAUGGACCAGGAGGCUGAAGAGAUCGCCCGCUGCCUGCUCCAGAAGAUGGGGAACACCGGCACGUUCAUCCAGCGGGCGGCCAGAUGGUCCCUGGGGGCCAUGGUGCAGCACGUGACCCCCACCCGCUCCCUGGUGGCCCUCACCUCAGUGGGCAUCUACCACCGAAACCCUUUAGUCCAGAAGUGCACUGCCGAGCACCUCUCAGUCGUCCUGGAGCAGAUAGGCGCCGAGAGGCUUAUCUCAGGCACCAGAGAGAGCACAGACACGCUGGUGCACAACCUGGUGAGGCUGGCCCAGGACUCCAACCAGGACACCAGGUUUUAUGGCCGGAAGAUGGUGAAUAUCUUAAUGUCAAACACAAGGUUUGAUGCAUUUCUGAAGCAGUCCCUCCCAUCCCACGACUUGCAGAAGGUCAUGACAGCUAUUAAACAGUGGCUGAUAGAAGAUGGUGAUGAACUUCCAUCUGCCAAAGGCCGCAAGGUGUCGAGGAGUCUGGUGGUGUGUGAGAAUGGGCUGCCCGGCGAGGAUGGGCUCAGCUCCAGUGGCCCACGGCUGGCAGGGCUGCGCUCCUCCACGCGGGGUGGCUCGGAGAUGGCGGAGCAGCUGCGGGAGCUGACACGGCUGCUGGAGGCCGAGGAGUACCAGUCUCGGAUGGAAGGCGUGGGGCGGCUCCUUGAGCACUGCAAGGCCAAGCCAGAGCUCAUCACCGCCAACCUGGUCUGGGUCUUUGAUGCUUUCACCCCAAGGCUUCAGGAUUCCAACAAGAAAGUGAACCAGUGGGCGCUGGAGUCCCUCUCUAGAAUGAUGCCCCUCCUGAGAGAGAGCUUACAGCCCGUGCUGCUCUCUAUCAUCAUUGCUGUAGCAGACAACCUCAACUCCAAGAACUCAGGAAUUUACACUGCUGCAACGACAGCGCUGGAUGUAAUGAUGGAUGGUCUGGACAACCUUGGCCUCCUACGAGCAUUUGCUAGGCGGGUGCGUUUCCUGAGUGUUCACGCAGUGCUUGAUGUCACAGAACGUCUGUCCGUGUUGGUGGCCUCAGUUUACCCCCGAAAGCCCCAGGCCGUGGAGCGCCUACUUGCGGUCCUCUGGUACUUCCUGAACAGCACGAUCGGGAAUGGGCUGUGCAGGAGCCUCCAGGGGCAGAUGGGCUCCCGGCUGCAGGAGUUGGCCGCCAGCCAGCCAAAGCAAGUCCUCAAAUCGCUCCAGGAGCUCUUAGAUCCGGAAUCCCUGUGAGACAGCCCCAAGGUCACUGAUGGGGGGGAGGCACCUGACAGCAAGACAGUUGGCAGCUCACGCCCCUUUCAUCUGGAUUAA